CAGUAGAUCUGUUAUGUUUUAAAAUUUGUAUGAUGCUUUUGGACACAUUUGCAGGAUAAACGUUCAAGUUUAUGAAGCAGGUUUUGCUCUCAUAAAAUGGUAUUUGAAUAUAAAGGACGAUUCGGCCUUCUAGAGCUGAAGAACGUCUUUGACUUCACACUGCAGGAUCCGAGCAGUUUAAUGCUCUAUCACACAGAGCAGAAGACACCAUGAGCUCCAUUCACCAACACUCUCUGCUGCCUUUGAGACUUUGACCACUUUUGAUUUGUUUUGCGCUGGAGGGCUGAAACGGUGUGUGCGUGCAUGUUUAUUUGUGCAUGUGUGUGUUUUUGAAAAAGAACCACUUAUGCAAGCGAAGAAGAACUGAGAGACUAACUGAGAAUUUGUUUGCACGAUGCACUCAAAGGGUUCUCUGCUGCAGAGCGUUCUUUGCAGCUAAAGUCAUAUAUGUCACUGUGGAAGCGUUCCGGACUGAAGCAAGGAUGAGGAAACUCUGACAGACAGACGUCACAGGAAUCUAGCACUCGCACCGUCUUUAGUCCAAAAUCUCUGACUGAUUUUUUUUUACUGGAGCACUGAAUGAUGUUUCUGCUGGCUGUGCUCUGUGUGUUUUACAUCUGGAGUCCAGCAACGCUGAACGGCGGAUUAGGAGCGACACUGAAUACCAUACCUCGCAAAACAGUACCAGUUAAUAGAAAUGGAGGACGUUUCUUUCAUGAGAAGGGUGUUUGGAACUACACCACUAUGCUUCUGAGGGAAGAUCUCAACAUGCUCAUCCUGGGUGCCAGGGAGGCCAUUUUUGCCCUCAACCUUGAUGACAUUACAGUCAAAAAGGCCAUGGUGAACUGGUCAGUCACAAACAAUGAGCAAACAGACUGUUCAUAUAAGGGAAAAGAUGCUACAAAUGACUGCAAAAAUUAUAUCAGAAUUCUUCAUAAAAUAAACGAUGGCAGAAUGUAUGUUUGUGGAACCAAAGCAUUCAUCCCAACCUGUGACUAUAUGUCCUAUGCAAAUGGUAGUCUGACUUUAGAGGGGAAACAAGAAGAUGGGAAGGGGAAAUGUCCCUUUGAUCCUUCUCAGCGACACACAUCAGAGAUGGUUGAUGGAGUAUUGUACUCUGCCACUUCAUUCAACUUUAUGGGUUCAGAGCCGGUUAUGAUGCGCAGCUCAGAGGAAUCCAUACGGACAGAGAUUUCAAGCACCUGGCUCAAUGAACCAAAUUUUAUCCACAUGGCUCAUAUACGGGAGGGAGAAUCGAACCCAGAGGGGGAUGAUGACAAGAUCUAUCUGUUCUUCAGUGAGACAGCAGUGGAGUAUGACUCCUACACAAAGAUGGACGUCUCUCGAGUAGCUCGAGUGUGCAAGGGAGACUUGGGUGGGCAGAGGACGCUGCAGAAGAAGUGGACUUCUUUUCUAAAAGCAAGGCUCGACUGUCCCGUUCCAAACAAAAACCUGCCUCUUCUGGUCCAGGAUGUUUUCCACUUGUGCCCCAGUGACUGGUCCACCUGCGUGUUUUAUGCUGUCUUUACCCCACAAUUAGACUCCUCUCAGUACUCCGCGGUAUGUGCAUACAAAAUCGAAGACAUCAAGAGCGUGUUCUCAAAGGGCAAGUUCAUGGCUCCUGUUACCAUUGAGACGUCAUUCGUGAAGUGGGUGAUGUACUCAGGUGAUGUCCCCGACCCUCGACCGGGAGCAUGCAUUGAUAAUCAUGCCAGAGAAAUGGGUAUCACCAAAUCUCUGGAGCUGCCAGAUAAAACCUUACAGUUUAUUAGAGACAAGCCUCUGAUGGACCAGGCCGUCAAGGCCCUUGGAGAGAAACCCCUGCUGGUGAAGAGAGGCGCUGCUUUCACUAGAAUUGUGGUGGCCACAGCGACAGCCUUGGACGGGACCAGCCAUCAAGUCAUGUUCAUUGGCACAAAGAGUGGUUCAGUGCUGAAAGCUGUGAAUUAUGGCGGUGAGAUGGUCAUUAUGGAAGAGAUUCAGCUAUUUGAGCCCUCAGAGCCAGUGAAGAUACUGCGACUUUCCAACACCAAACUGUACGUGGGUUCGGAUGUGAGCGUGGCUCAGCUGUCCAUCAGUGAAUGUGGGCGGUACCACACGUGUCUGGACUGUGUUCUGGCCAGGGAUCCGUACUGUGGCUGGGACCUCAAUGCUGACCAAUGCUCUACCAUAAACAGCACACACAGAACCAGCACUGUAAUUCAGAGUUUGAGUUAUGGCGAUGCCAGCCAAUGUCCACAAAUAGAUGACAGUAAGUCAAUCAGCGUCUCGUUUUUUCACGACAAUACUGUGAUGCUGUGGUGCCAGCCAUAUUCCAACCUGGCACAGGUUCAGUGGCAGCUGAACGGACAACCCAUCAAAGCGUCAGACACCUUGCAGAUCCUCUCUGACAGCCUGAUGAUCUUCAACGCCUCCGCAAAUGCCAGCGGCCACUACACCUGCAGUUCUGUAGAGCGGAAUUACAAAACCCAGCACGUAGCAUACGAUCUAAAAAUGUGGUCAGAAUCCGGGACUACAGCAUUACUACACGACGUUAAGGGGAAAAAAACCACACUCGUGGCCAUGGUGGUGGUGUUGUCACUGAUUCUAGCUAUGCUAGUAAUUUGGAACCUGUACAAAGGGCAUUUUCCUUUGCCAUUUUGCCACAGGAGGGUAAAGGACACGGAGAACAGGUGUGAACAAAGUCAGUUUGAGAACCAGCCUCCAGAACAUAAAAUAGCAUCAGCAACGGUGAACUUAAACAGCAACAACAACCAUGUGAACAACCAGAGGUACUCCAACUCUAGAGAAACGAACAGACUCUCAACCACUGUUGGUUCCUCAGGUCAGAUCAUGUUGAAAUAUAUAGACGAUGAAUCUGAGAUUUGAGAUUUUUAUGCAUAGACUUGCUAAUGUGGCUAAUCGUCAUUUAUAUGCAGACCAAGCCCACUGAGGCUGGCUCCUCUUUUGCAGCUGUUAACUUUUGACUAAACUGCUGUUCUGACCCACUUUUUCUCCUUGAAGAAUCCAUACCUUCUAAAUGCCAUCGUUCACCCAUCAUACACACCAACAUGUCCAAUGGACAAAAAAAGACACUGAAUCAGACUUUUUUGCAUAAGGACUGUCUACAUUGCAGCUUACUUUGGCCAAGAAUCACCAAAGUACUUUUAAAGGACAGUCAAAUCAAUUGGUGGUCAUAUUUGUAUCGCCACCGGGCAGCUAUUUUAUUCAUGCUAUCUACUUGAAUGGGAAAAUAGUGAAUCUUAAAAACUGCUUGUCAAUAUUGCAACAUUCUAACAUGAAGUGCCUCACAAAUGCUGUUUCAUAUGUUAAAAUGGCAUUACAUUAAAACAUUUUUUUUAGGA